CAUCAAUGUGUUUGUGUGUGCGGUUUGUAUCGUAAAUUGAAUCCAAUUAUUAUUAUUAUUAUUAUUUAGUAAACAAUAUAUUUAGUUAUUAUUACAGUAUUUUUUGUGUCAAUUAAAUAGUGUCCACAAAAAAAACAUAUAAAAUCAAUGACACCAUUGCAUGUCAUCAUCACUAUUAGCUGAUCCAUUGCGCCAGUGAUUACCACAACAACAACAACACACACACAGACAGAAAAAUAAUGCCAGAAAUAGUCGUAACAAAUAGCGAACUAAACGACGACUAUCUAAUCGGUUUGUCCCGUAAGUACUGGUCGCCGGCAACUUUCGGCCAAUGGUCACCGUUUGAUAGGCAAUUGGUUACCGAUAUCUAUAAGAAUGAGAUUCAAUUGUCGUCGCCGUCAGCGUCGUCCUCGUCGUCGUCGACCACCGGUGUCCGCGGCAGUGCCGACAGAGGCGGAGGAUUCAAUACCAGACGUAUUGUUAUACUCGAGUUGAGCCGUUAUCUUGAAAACUAUUUGUGGCCAAAUUUUGGCCAAUUGGUGACUGCCGAUGCUGCUGUCGGUGUCGAGUAUCUAAUGUCAAUCGUUGUGAUGGUUAACGAAAAAUUUCGCGAACGAGUCAACGUUUGGCAGUGUUUCGAAAUGAAUCCCCAGUUUUUCGGCCAAUUGGUCAGUCAAGUGACUCGGCUGAUGAUCGCGAAAGAGACCGCCGAUAACUUGUCGUUCAAAGAGAGAACAGCUUUACUGGUGUUUAUCAUACAUUGUUUCAAUGGUAUAGAAGUUAAGAUAAUCAGAGACGAAAUCCAAAAGUAUGUGUCGCUAAGUAUUUGGUCAAAUUUGUCGGCAAAACGCCGGGAAAUGGAGUUCAAAAAAGUACCGAAACUAAGAAAGUAUUGGUCGGCCAUACAAAAGAAGGACAAACAGAUGGACAGUGAAACCCGUGAAAGAGUUUUGUUUGAAAGAAGUUUUUUAUGUAAUCUAAUCAAACAGUUUUUCGGUUAUCUGUCACUGAUUCCGGCCGCCGCUGACAAUGAGAUCGCAAAACUGGACAAACGAUUGUACGAUUGUGUCCACUAUUGCGAACGAUUUCUCGAACUGAUGAUCGACUUGGAAUCGAUUCUCCAGACCCGACGUUUUUUUAACGCAAUCUUCGACGACCAACACGUUGUUAUUAGAGCCCGAAUGUCUAAUCUGGCCCAACGUACGGGUCGCGAGUCCAAACUGUUCGGUCAAUUACUCGAAAUGUUGGUCUUCUAUGCCGACUUCGAAAUCGACGACAUGACCGGCGAAGCGAUGACUUAUCAGCAGAUUAUGAAACAACACUACGAUGCCAUUCAUCGGCUACAGAUCCAAGUGUUCCAACAUUUUCCUGCACUUCGACAAGUAUUUCUGGCCAAUGUUUCGGCAAUUGAUUCCCGAUCGACACUUGCCAAACACUUUCAAUCGCUUACGGAUUCAGAUCUUCUUAAAUUGGCCGAACUGUUGGGUUUCGGCGACGAAGAUGUGUUGAGAGAAUCGUACGACAAGAAUCUGAUUAAGGAAUUGAUUUACAAAAAACACGAACGCAAGACAUCUCGUCUUCAGUCACUGAAUGAGAUGCCAUUAUAUCCGUCGGAAGCGAUUAUUUGGGACGAAAAUCUGGUGUCGUCUCAGUAUUUCUCGAGUGAUGCCUGUCUGGCGCUACCGAAACUCAACCUACAGUUCCUCACACUUCAUGACUAUUUGCUUCGAAAUUUUCAUUUGUUUCGACUGGAAUCGACUUACGAGAUUCGACAGGACAUCGAACAGGCCGUCUCCCAUAUGAAACCGUGGCGUACGGAAAACGGUGGCCUAAUGUUUGGCGGCUGGGCCCGUAUGGCCAUCGGUAUCGAUAGUUUUACUAUCAUUGAAGUACGCAAACCAAAUCUCGGCGACAAACAGCCAUCACGAGUCCGGGCCGACAUUGUGGUCAACUUGAAUGUACACAAAGAUGUCAAGCACGAAUGGGAAAUGUUGCGCAAACACGAUGUCUGUUUUUUGAUUACCGUCAGACCCCGAUGUCCACCGGGAACUGCUUACAAAUACAAAGAACCGUUUAUACCUCAAGUAGGACUUACUUAUGUUAGGGGUUGCGAAAUCGAGGGUAUGCUCGAUCCGCACGGAAAGAUUGUCGACGAAACAUCACUCGACAAACCGUUCUAUAAUUCAGAUUUCCGUACGUUUCGUGUUUGGUUAGAUUGUAACCAAUAUAAGGAAGACAUGGACAGGACUAGUGGCGGAAGCGGUGACAGUGGCGGCGACGCCGAAGAUAUCUACGAUUCGUUCAAUAUACUGGUCCGACGUAAACCUAAAGAAAACAAUUUCAAAGCUGUUUUGGAAACCAUUAGAGACCUAAUGAAUACCGAAUGUGUUGUACCCGAAUGGCUACAGGAAGUCCUACUCGGAUUCGGUGAUCCAUCGGCGGCUCACUACUCGAAUAUGGCGACCAAAUUGUCGACAAUCGACUUUUGCGAUACGUUUCUCGAUUUUGAUCACCUGAAAGAGUCAUUUUCCGGUUAUGACAUUCAAACAACUAAUGAUUCUUCAGCAGCAAAACAAUUGAUUCCACCGUUUAAAGUGACAUUCAAUGAUGAAGACGAUGAUAGCGAUGAGGAAGAUGGCGAUGACAAUGAAAUGAAGAACAAGAAGACCAAAUCGCUAAUUGUUGUCCCAUAUGUUUUGCCAAACAGAGGUCCGUAUGAUAUGGAAAACGGUGUCAACAAGAAAAAUACUAUACGCUUUACACCGACUCAAGUGGAGGCUAUCAAAUCGGGUACACAACCGGGCCUUACCGUUAUUGUUGGUCCGCCGGGAACCGGCAAAACUGAUGUUGCCGUACAAAUCAUAUCAAACAUUUACCACAACUUUCCCGAUCAGCGGACACUGAUUGUUACCCAUUCGAAUCAGGCACUGAAUGCCUUGUUUGAAAAGAUUAUGUCACUGGACAUCGAUGAACGACAUCUGCUACGUCUGGGUCACGGCGAAGAAUCGCUGGACACUAGUAAAGAUUUUAGUCGAUACGGCCGCGUAAACUAUGUUCUGGCCAAACGAUUGGAUCUACUAGGCCAAGUCGAACAAUUGGCCAAAUCAUUGAACAUCCAAUCGGAUGUUGGCUAUACGUGCGAAACGGCCGGCUAUUUCUAUUUGUAUAACAUACUGUCCCGUUGGGAACGGUAUCUAUCAAAACUGCGAACCAUUGACCGGACGAUUAGGACGCCCGAAGUCGUCGCCCAAUUGUUUCCAUUUCACAAGUUUUUCGCGACUGCACCGCAACCGUUGUUUAGGGGACAGUCGUUUGACGAUGACUUGGAAUUAGCCAGAGGUUGCUAUCGACAUAUAAAGCAAAUUUUUACCCAAUUGGAUGAAUUUAAAGCUUUUGAAAUGUUACGAUCGGGUUUGGAUCGGUCGAACUAUUUGCUGGUCAGAGAGGCGAAAAUCAUAGCCAUGACCUGUACUCAUGCGGCACUCAAACGCAAAGAGUUGGUCCAAAUUGGUUUCCAAUACGACAAUAUAUUGAUGGAAGAGUCGGCACAGAUACUCGAAAUUGAGACAUUCAUACCAUUAUUGUUGCAGAACUCUGAGAAUGGACACAAUCGACUAAAACGAUGGAUAAUGAUCGGCGAUCAUCACCAGUUGCCACCCGUUAUCAAAAAUAUGACAUUCCAGAAGUUUUCCAAUUUGGAACAAUCGCUGUUCACCCGAUUCGUGCGGUUGGGUGUCGGUACUGUCGAUUUGGACGCCCAGGGCCGAGCCCGACCAUCACUGUGCUCGUUGUAUAAGUGGCGCUACAAACGGUUGGGUGAUCUCAAACAUGUACUAUCGUUACCCGAGUAUCAGUUUGGAAAUCCCGGAUUCAAGUAUGACUACCAGCUCAUUGAUGUUGACGACUAUAACGGUAUCGGCGAAUCGGAACCCGUAGCCCAUUUCUAUCAGAACUUAGCCGAAGCCGAAUACCUGGUGGCCACAUUCAUGUACAUGCGAUUGAUGGGCUAUCCCGCCGAUAAGAUAACAAUACUGACCACCUAUAAUGGUCAGAAACAUUUGAUUCGCGAUGUUGUCAAACAAAGAUGUGCCACAAAUCCGUUCAUUGGUUUUCCAUCAAAGAUAACAACUGUCGAUAAAUAUCAGGGCCAACAAAACGAUUAUAUAUUACUAUCAUUGGUCAGAACGAAAACGGUUGGCCAUAUUCGCGAUGUCAGGCGUCUGGUAGUAGCCCUGUCCAGAGCCCGGUUAGGACUAUACAUAUUUGCCCGGAUAUCCCUGUUUCGCAAUUGCUACGAACUGUCCGAUGCAUUCAAACUGUUAACACAACGACCCGAUUGUUUGCAUCUGUUACCGGCGGAAAACUUUACCGAUUGUAGUCGAAAACUAUUAGAAACAGAUAGUUCGGAAACGCCCGAAGUGAAGGACAACAGCGGCGGUGGCGACAAAGUUGUCAUCAAAAAUAUGCAACAAAUGGUUCAAUUUGUUUAUCAAUAUUAUCAACAAAAAGUCGAACAAUGGAAACAAACUGAUCCGCAAAUGUUGGAUAGAGUACUGAAUAAAACAAACAAUAAGAGCCAACAACAACAAGAAUCGGCCGCAGAUGAAGUGAUGACGGAAUCAUUGGCUGAUGAUAAUGAAGAAUCUGGUGGUAAUGAUAAUAACGACGACAACAAUAAUGACAAACAAGAAGAAGAAGAAAUGGAUGAUAAAGAAGACGAUGAAGAAGAGGAAGAUUUAGGUUUCGAAAAGCUAACAGAAGACGAUACGGGAACUGAAGAUAUUGUUGAAAACAUGAGUAUAACAGAUGACUAAACAAAAAUUUGUUAAAUUAAUUAAUUAAAUAAAAUAAAAUAAAAUAAAAUAAAAUAAAAUAAAAUAAAAUAAAUAAAUAUAUAUAUAAUAAUAAUAAUAAUAAAAUCAAUGUCAAAAUUCAUUCAUCUAA